GUUCGUGGGUAAAUGAGAUGAGUAUAUAUAUACACUGCAAAAUGACAAGCGAACGAAUAUGUGGGGUAUAACUAUGUGUAUAAUGGCGGAUUGUACCCGCGAGGCGCACCGAAGUCGCGUGCACUACCCACUCGUAGGUCGGGGCGGCGCCCGCCGCCCGGACCGUUCUAUAAUGUGCCGCGACGCCGCGACGACGACUUCACUUUUGUCCUGCUUACUUUACUUCUGUCAACGUUACGCGUCGGCACAGUGAGACAAGGUGGCGAGGUUCGAAUCGCGCGUUAAUCCUAUCGAUAUACCUAUGGCGACCAUGAGCAACAGUAAUGGAUCAACAAUGCAGAUUAACACUCGGCCUGACGACAUUCGAAAACGGAUUAUUGGAUCGGAUGACAUUGCACAGGGAGAUGCGACAACAUGCGGGAAUAUCUUGGUGAUAUUAUCGUGGAUUGUUGUAAUAUUGACGAUGCCGUUCUCUCUCUUUGUUUGUUUCAAGGUUGUACAGGAGUAUGAAAGAGCUGUCAUAUUUCGAUUAGGACGUCUUCUAUCAGGCGGUGCUAAAGGUCCCGGAAUCUUUUUCAUCCUGCCGUGCGUGGACAAUUACGCCCGCGUUGAUUUGCGAACACGGACAUAUGACGUACCCCCGCAAGAGGUUUUGACGAAGGAUAGCGUUACGGUAUCUGUUGAUGCAGUAGUUUACUACCGUGUUAAUAACGCAACCAUUUCGAUUGCAAAUGUGGAGAACGCACAUCAUAGUACGAGAUUACUGGCUCAAACGACCUUAAGGAAUACAAUGGGGACGCGACCACUUCAUGAAAUAUUGAGUGAGCGGGAAACAAUCUCCGGAAACAUGCAGGUUGCCCUAGACGAAGCGACUGAUACGUGGGGAAUAAAAGUGGAACGAGUCGAAAUAGUGUAGCGCGGCUGCUUUCUAUGCCGAAGAUUCACAGUUUAAAUUCAACCAGCACACAAAAAUUUGAUUUGAUU